UCUCGUUUGGCCAAUCUCUCUGACUCGACAUUGACGGAACAUCCCCCAAUGCCCGACUGGAUCUGCCUGGAUGACGACUGAAUGGCUACUGGGUAAUGAACGACAUUACAACGACACCACAACGACAUCACAACGACACAGCCGAGGCCAGCCCAAAGUGGAAUAUCGUACCAGGCUCUCAGCUCGCCCAACUGGUCCGGAAACGCUCGAACGCCCAGUCCUCGGGUGGCCAGCGAGACUCGAUCCUCGAGCACAUCACCCAGGGCGGCGAUAUCAUGCUCGUGGCCAAGUCGGGAUGUCCUCUGUCGUACCUUUCGAUCCUGCCCUUCCAAGACAAUCGCCUGAGCCAGGCUCGUCGGAAGGGCCCCAUGAAGAAGCAGCCCAAGAGCACGCUGGCGAGCCAGUACCUCGAAAUGAUCGGGCUUCCGCAAGUGGCCGAUGUAGUCAACAACAUGGCCACGACAGCCAACAAUCGCCGGAAAAAAACCUCCUAUGUCGAGCUGCUGAUGGAGACUGGCUGUCUCGGCCUCGUUGCGCCAGAGGUCCUGUCGUAUCUGCCGUUGCUGUUGGACAAUCCAGAGCACCGCACAGGAAAGAACAGGACAAUCAUCACGCUUCCAUGCUUUAUUGGAUCCAUCAUAUCAUAUUCUCGACCCUCGGACAUCAAGCGAGAGCUGAACGAGCACUUCCGAGACACCCAUCCGUCGGUCGACCCCUCGCUGACCCUGACGCAGAUCCGCAAGCUCAAGCAGCGAAUGGUUGAGAUCGGAAAGGCCGUGGAUCUGGAGGUUACGACGGUGGCGUUUGCCAUUGUCUAUCUCGAGAAGCUGAUACUCAAGACCCAAGUCAACAAGGCAUCCAGAAAGCUGAUAGCAGCCGUGUGUUUGUUUUUGGCCAUCAAGGUCAAUGAAUCGAUACCGACAAAGGCCCAGAUGCCGCCAUACUUUUCAAGCAUCAUGGCGUGCAUCGAAGACAAGCUCGGCCCCAUUGGCUCGAAGGAGGUGUACAGCAGCGAGUUUGCCGUGUAUGCUCUUUUGGACUUUAAUUUGUUCCUGCCCAUGUGGGAGAUCGAGCCGCAUUUGCAGCGCAUCCAAUCUUCGUUCCCAGGGCCCCUGCCAUCCGAUCCCAACGCGCCACACCCGUUUUACGAGAUCGGCUGCUAGAAAACCACCAUCAAUACAACCACAACAUUACUCGGAGGGACUUUUCGGUGCUGAGACUGUUGAGAAGGUGCUGGACAGCUAGUAAAGCCAGGGCGGCCGGAACAGUGGAUUCUGACUGCGACAAUG